AUGGUGCUGCUAGUGAUAGACAACAGACUGAGAGUUUUACUUGGUGAUAUGGUGCUGCUAGUGAUAGACAACAUACUGAGAGUUUUACUUGGUGGUAUGGUGCUGCUAGUGGGGAAUGACUACAGGAAGUUGUCCAUGCAGUGUAAGGACUUUGUCGUGGGGGUGUUGGACCAGUGCAGAGACACAGAGGAGGUGGAGGCCAUCUUGAACGGUGACAUGGACAAUGCCCCGCCCAGCGAAAACAACCGGCCCUGCCUCGAACGCGUCAAACUGGCCAUUAAAUAUGAGGUCAAAAAGUUUGUGGCCCAUCCUAACUGCCAGCAGCAGCUGCUGACUAUCUGGUAUGAGAACCUGUCAGGUCUGAGGCAGCAGUCCAUCGGAGUCAAGUGUUGGACCGUUCUGGGGGUCAGCUUGGGACUGCCCUUCCUGGCUCUCGCCUACUGGAUCAUGCCCUGCAGCAAGUUGGGUCAGAUCCUGAGAAGUCCUUUCAUGAAGUUUGUGGCCCACGCCGUGUCCUUCACCAUCUUCCUGGGCCUGCUGGUCAUCAACGCCUCAGACCGCUUUGAGGGGGUCAAGAACCUGCCCAACGAGACCAUCACUGACCACCCUCGUCAGGUGUUCCGGGUCAAGACCACUCAGUUCUCCUGGACGGAGAUGCUGAUCAUGAAGUGGGUGCUGGGUAUGAUCUGGUCAGAGGUCAAGGAGAUCUGGGUGGACGGCCCUAGAGAGUACGUGAAUCACCUAUGGAAUGUGUUAGACUUCGGCAUGUUGUCUAUCUUCGUAGCAUCGUUCACCGCUCGGCUCAUGGCCUUCCUCAAGGCCUCCAAGGCCCAGCAGUACGUAGACCAGUUUGUGACCAACGAAGACAUCCGCAACGCGUCCCUACCUACUGAGGUUGCCUACUACACCUACGCCAGGAAUAAGUGGCGUCCGUCGGACCCCCAGAUCAUCUCGGAGGGUCUUUAUGCCAUCGCUGUGGUGCUGAGUUUCUCCCGCAUCGCCUACAUCCUGCCGGCCAACGAGAGCUUCGGCCCGCUCCAGAUCUCCCUGGGCCGGACGGUGAAGGACAUCUUCAAGUUCAUGGUGAUCUUCAUCAUGGUGUUUGUGGCCUUCAUGAUCGGCAUGUUCAACCUCUACUCCCACUACCUGGGAGCCAAGUACAACCCUGCCUUCACCACGGUGGAGGAGAGCUUUAAGACCCUGUUCUGGUCCAUCUUUGGUCUGUCGGAGGUGAUCUCCGUGGUCCUGAAGUAUGACCAUAAGUUUAUAGAGAACAUUGGUUAUGUGCUCUACGGGGUCUAUAAUGUCACCAUGGUGGUGGUUCUACUCAACAUGCUCAUCGCUAUGAUCAACAGCUCCUACCAGGAGAUAGAGACAGAUGCAGAUGUAGAGUGGAAGUUUGCCCGUGCCAAGCUGUGGAUGUCCUACUUUGACGAGGGUCGUACUCUGCCCGCUCCCUUCAACAUGGUGCCGUCUCCCAAGUCCUGGUAUUACCUGGUCCUCCGCACCAAGGCCGGCCUUGUUCACCUCUGCAAGGCCAAGGACGUUCGCCACGACAACGAGCUGGAGAUGGGCAUGCUCAACUCACGAUUCAAGGCCAGAGGGGAGAGGACAAAGGGUGAACGCUACAUGGUCCAUGGUCGACUACGAGAGGAGUCCACUCUCAGACAACCUAUCAAACACCCUACCAGAUACCAGAAGAUCAUGAAGCGUCUCAUUAAGCGGUAUGUUCUGAAGGCUCAGGUUGACAGAGAGAAUGAUGACGUCAAUGAAGGUGAGCUGAAGGAGAUCAAGCAGGACAUCUCCAGCCUGCGCUAUGAGCUCCUGGAGGAGAAGUCUCAGGCCACCGGAGAACUAGCUGACCUCAUCACACAACUCAGUGACAAGUUUGUCAAUAACACCACCAAAAGACCCUGAGAGAGAAGGGGAAGGGGGGAGGAAGGGGGAGACCUGAAAAUAGACAGAGGGAGAGAAGUGGGAAGAAGGGGAUAGAGAGGAGAGAAGAGGGGGGAGGAGAGCUGGUGGACAGAGAAAAAGAGAGAAAGUGGGACAGAGGGAGGUGAGAAGAAGAGAUGAAGGGGGGAGAGAGAUGGGACGGAAUUGAGAGCAAGGGAGGAGAGGAGGGAGGGAGAGAGGCAGGAGAGAGGACUGAAAGAGAGGAAGGAGGCUCUGAGCAGUAUGAGGGGUACAUAGGGGAUUGUUAAGAGUAGAAUUCUGAUGCAGCGAAGAGAGAGGUCACCCCUCCAAAACACAUUGCCAAAAUACAUCAGCUCACCCUACCAUGGGAACAGAGAGUGUGAGUGGGAGAGAACAGAAGUUGAAAAAACACUGUGAUGGUAUUUUUACCUGAGGUAUUGUUAGGGUGUCUGUACCUGAGGUAUUGUGCCGUAUAGCAGUCCACUGUUUCGGGAAGAUAAAUAUAAUGAACAUUUUUAUAGAGUUGGCAAUCUAAUUAACACAUUGUCCAAUGUCCAUAGGUUCACAAACACUGGAGGAGUUCAAACACACACACACACACACUUGGUAAGCUAAUUACUGUAUAACUCCUAAUAAAGUGCCGAUUAAAAAGUGGUCUGUUUAUCACAUGACAACCUGAACACACUCAGACCACCAUCUGCUUACUUGCAGGACUUUGAUUGGUUCUCUCAUGGGCACCUAGAAUAUAUUGGUUCUAAACUCCAGCUGUUGAGGGCAUGUUGGCUUCAGUACACAGUCUGUACUCAGUCUAUCUACCCUACCAUGCUCAGAAUAAAUUCACACACCUGAUCGGACAGUGUAGACUGCACACUGUAAAUGGUUAUUGAAACAACAUUUGGAACUUUAAACUCUAUCUUUGUUUUGUGUGUGUUUGUGCGUGUGCGUUACUUGCGUGCAUAAGCGAGAGAGAGAGAGAGACUAACUAUAUGUGUGAGUGACUUUGAAGAGUUCAACUAAAAUUGUAAUUGUUUGUUAAAAACACUUAACAUUUUCACUCAUAGAAACCAAACAGAAUAGAGACUAAAUAUACUGUAUUUUUCAAUUGUAGUGAAAAAAGGUGGAAAAAUCUUGUAUAUUUUGAUCUUGAAUUAAAAGGAAUAA